AUGCCCGAGCCAUUGCACGAGCCUAACGGCGUCAAUGGCGCCUCGGGGUCCCGCCACCUCAACGUCGAGCCCUAUGAUGCCGGCCUUCAUCGUGUCGGCACCUGGCAAGGUUAUUAUGUUUGGAGAACACGCCGUCGUACACGGCAAGGCAGCGAUAGCCGCCGCGAUUUCCUCCGAUCUUAUCUUCACGUCACGACCCUGUCCAAGUCGAAGCGAACCGUUACCCUGCGAUUCCCCGAUAUCGACUUUCAGCACACGUGGAAUAUCGACGACUUGCCGUGGGCCAUUUUCCAGCGACCCGACAAGAAAAAGUACUACUACGAUCUCGUCACCACCCUCGACCCUGAUCUUCUUGCUGCUGUCCAACCCCACCUUGCCGAAGUCUCCCAUCACAAGUCGGAAGAGGUGCGCAAAAUACAUCGCUCUUCGGCUCUGUCUUUCCUCUACAUCUUCCUGUCCAUCGGCUCUCCCGCCUUCCACGGCUGCAUCUACACCCUGCGCUCCACCAUCCCCAUUGGCGCGGGUCUCGGGAGCAGCGCGUCCAUCGCGGUGUGCCUUGCAGCAGCGCUCCUCUUGCAGUUGAGGACGCUCUCAGGCCCCCAUCCCGACCAGCCGCCCGAGGAGGCCAGGCUGCAGGUGGAGAGGAUCAAUCGGUGGGCGUUUGUAGCUGAGAUGUGCAUUCACGGUAACCCUUCGGGCGUGGAUAAUACCGUCUCGACGCAGGGUAAGGCUGUGGUGUUUCAAAGAACCGACUACGGCAAGCCACCUGCUGUGCACCCGCUCUGGGACUUCCCCGAGCUGCCCCUACUCUUGGUCGACACGAAGCAACCAAAGUCGACGGCACACGAAGUGAAGAAGGUGUCGCGCCUCCGCGAGACCCACCCGAAACUGAUUGGCAACAUCCUCGACGCAAUUGAUCGAGCGACGCGCACGGCUUCGGAGCUACUCGAGCACCCAGAGUUUGAUAGCGAGGAUCCAGAGGGCCUACGAAAGGUGGGAGAGCUCAUGACGAUAAAUCAUGGCCUCCUUGUUGCUCUCGGCGUAUCCCAUCCCCGCCUCGAGCGAGUCCGCGAGCUCCCUGAGCGGCUCGCGAGACUCGAGACGAAGCUCGAGGCCGAGGGCUACGAGCGCUUCGAGACAACGCUGGGCGGCGACGGCGUCGGUGUUCUUUGGCCUGCCGUGCUGAAGAAUGGGCUCGAGGACGAUGAGGAGGGCGGCAUGGAGAUUGACGUGGAAAAAUUCCUCAAUGCCGAGGGCAUCGCUGGCGUGGAGAGGCUGGUGGGCGUGGACAAUGCCGGCAGGGGCGAAGGUUGGCGGUUUUGGAGCGUGGAGAGUCAUUAA